UAUGCUUUUAGGCCGUUAGGGGAAAGAUACGUGGAGAGUGGUAUGCAAUUCUGUCAAUUUCUAAGAAUCAAAGCCACGAAGUCUAGGCAAUCUCGAUAGCAGAUGUAUGGAAUUCUAAUUGAGGUCAUUUGGUUAACUGAGUUCACCUGAUUACGGUUUCCGCUUCCAGCUCUAAUUUCCUCCGUCUUGAAGUUGCUACAUAAACAUAGAGGAGAUGCAAUGUCUAUCUUCUUUCCCAUUACAACUGGAGUCUUUUAUCACCCUAAAUCACUCGAAUUCCUCUUUCCUUCAAAAAGUUUUAAAGUCCGCGGUCUAAACUGUCAGAUUCUGAAUGCUUUUUGCCCUCGAAUAAAAGACAAAGCGGAUUAUACAAAGAGAGUGAAGUGCUUAGCUAAUGCAAUUGAGAAGUCGCCGAUUCCAGAGAGCCAAACGGAUCAUACAACAGGCGAGGAGCUCUCACCUGAGCUGUCGAACAGGUAUAUACGUGGCUUAUGUAAAGCAGGAAAUAUUGAUAAAGCGAUGGUUUUUCUUUCUCAGAUGGAAGCCCUAGGAUUUCGGUUAAGUUAUGCAUCCUACACUUGUCUGUUAACAGCUCUUGUAAGUGUAGGCAGGACUUUGGAAGUUGAGGCAAUUUUCGAAGAAAUGGUAAGCUCAGGGUUUCAACCAAGAAUAGAAGUGUAUAAUCUCUUGCUGAAAGUGUUUUUAAGAAAAGGUCUUCUUACACUUGCUGAUAAACUUAUGGAGUCCAUGAACGCUAUGGGUGUGUGGAAAAACCGAGAAACAUACGAGAUUCUCCUUGGUUAUUAUGUUAGUGCCGGACGUUUGAAAGACACGUGGGAAGUUGUAGCCAAAAUGAAGAAAGAUGGGUUUGAGCCGAAUUCCUUUGUAUACAGUAUGAUUAUUGAACUUUACAGGAACAAUGGAAUGUGGAAGAAAGCUAUAAACCUGAUAGCAGAAGUAAGGGAAAAUGGAGUCCCACUUGACAAGAAGAUGUUUAAUAGUAUGAUUGACACCUUUGGGAAAUCCGGUGAACUAGGAGAUGCAUUGCAAGUGUUUGAUCAAAUGCAGCAAGAAGGGAUUACACCAGAUAUCACCACAUGGAAUUCUUUGAUCAGGUGGCAUUGCAAACAUGGUGAUCUCACAAAUGCCCUUGUAUUGUUCAAACAGAUGCAAAUACAAGGGCUGUAUCCUGAUCCAAGUAUCUUCAUUACCAUCAUUAGUCGCUUAGGAGAACAGGGGAAGUGGGAUAUAAUAAAGAAAAACUUUGAGCAAAUGAAAGAUGGAGGUCAUGGACAAAGUGGGACCAUUUAUGCUGUUUUGGUUGAUAUUUAUGGGCAAUAUGGAAGCUUUGAGGAUGCAGAGGAGUGCAUAAACACACUAAAACUCGAAGGAGUUCCUCUCUCAGCUAGAAUAUUCUGUGUGCUUGCAAACGCCUAUGCCCAACAGGGUUUAUGUGAGCAAACAGUUAAAGUUCUCCAGUUGAUGGAACGUGAAGGAAUCGAACCAAACCUUAUUAUGCUGAAUGUUUUGAUAAAUGCAUUUGGUAUUGCUGGAAGACAUAUGGAGGCACUCUCAGUGUAUCAACACAUAAAAGAAAGCGGUGCAAGUCCAGAUGUGGUUACCUACACUACACUUAUGAAGGCUUUGCUAAGGGCAAAGGAGUUUGACAAGGUAGGUAUAAUAUAUAGGGAUAUGGAGUCUGCUGGAUGUUCACCGGAUAGGAAAGCCAGAGAGUUGCUUCAAACUGCAAUCAUGGCUCUUCAACGUAGACAUUAGUUGUUUUUAAGUGAUUUCUUCAACCCCUCAUCAGCAAUGAUGAUUGAUGAUAAGGAGGGCAUUUACGUCUUUUGUGCAGACAAUAGAUGGAUAACGAACGAUUCCUUUUUCCAUCCACCUUUUUGGAUGGAAGGGACGAGUGGGAGCAUGGGAAUACUUUCCAAAUUCAAACGAGAAGAAAAGAUGUUAAGUCUAUGCAUAAAAUUGGAUAGCCACUAAGUCGUUUGACUUUUGACUUAGGGAUGUUUCUAUACAUACGUAUACAUGAUAAAUCAUAUAUAAGAUAAUAGGAUGAGCAACAUCUGUAGAGAGAAUCACUGUGAUGAGUUAAGUUACUGAGUUGAGCCAUAGGUGUAGUGGAACAUUUCGUGAUGGAACUCUGUUAUUUGUCUUGUUGAAAAAAAAACAUGCAAAAUUAAGUCUUCUACA